UUCAACAUGGAAAAGUUGAUAUUGGGGCAGACAGCCAGGACUCCAAGAUGGAAUCAGUUGUACCACUGAAGAAGAAGCUCCUGAAUGUCAAACUAAGGGAGCUGGCAAGCUGGAUACUAAUGCGGGAUUUCAUCCUUAAAGGAACUGCUGGAGCGUUUCAAAGAGGUUAUUACUGGUAUUACAAGUAUUUCAACAUGAAGAAAGGGAGCAUUGUAGGGCUUUCUAUGUUGCUGGCAGCUUAUGUGCUUUUCAGCUACUGCAGUUCUUACAAGGAACUUAAACAUGAGCAGCCAAGUGAGUACCUCUGAAGAGGGCACACUCUGCAUUCCUGACUA